CCGGGAGGAGCGCGGGGCAGUGAAGCUUCCCAUCCUUGCUGGGGCUGGGCGCGAGUGGGGCUGUCGGUCACGACGCGUCCGACGGGCCGGACCGACCGACGGGCGGGUGAACGGACCGACUGAGUGGCGGAGUCGAGCGACGCGAACCUAGCUGGACCCGCCCCGGCCCGGCCCAGCCCAGCCCGGCAGGACUCGAGCGAGUGAGGCAUACUCAGCCGGGGCGCGCACGCCGCCUACCCCACUGAAUGAAGUGCCCUCCCCGCGGAGCCCCGAUUCCUGCGCCUUGCCCGCAAGAUGGACGGUUUCGCCGGUAGCCUCGAUGAUAGUAUCUCUGCUACAAGUACUUCUGAUGUCCAGGAUCGUCUCUCUGCUCUUGAGUUACGAGUUCAGCAACAAGAAGAUGAAAUCACAGUUCUGAAGGCAGCUUUGGCUGAUGUGUUAAGGCGUCUUACAAUCUCUGAAGAUAAUGUGGUAUCUGUGAAAAAAACAGCCUCCAAUAAAGGUCAGCCAGGCAUUCGGGAAGCCAUUUCUAUGACCUGUAUAAGCAAUGGCAGUGGUAGAAGCAGAAAAGCAAACCAUGGCAGCUCGAUAUCAAUAUCAAGAAAAGAAACCUUUUCAUCUGCUGCUAAAAGCAGUACCGAAAAAAAGAAAGAAAAACCACAAGGACAGAAAGAAAAAAAAGAGGAUUCUCAUUCUAACGAUCAAAGUCCACACAUUCGAGCAUCACCUUCUCCCCAGCCCUCUUCACAGCCUCUCCAAACACACAGACAAAAUCAAGAAAGCAAGAGCUCUCCUCCCACCAAAAGCAUAAAACGACCAUCUACAGCUGAAAAAUCACUUAGUACGUGGGAGAAUUCAGAUGAUAGUCGUAACAAGCUAUUGCGAGCAGUUUCAACAUCAAAAUUAAUAUCAAAAGUUAUUAAAAAUACAGACAAACAUAAAGAUAUUGUCAUCAAUCAAGCAAAAAUGUCAACUCGUGAAAAAAACAGCCAAGAAGGAGAAUAUAUCAAAAUGUUCAUGAGAGGUCGGCCAAUCACAAUGUUUAUUCCUUCUGAUGUCAACAGCUAUGAUGACAUCCGAACUGAACUGCCUCCUGAGAAGCUUAAACUGGAGUGGGCAUAUGGCUAUCGGGGAAAAGACUGUCGAGCCAAUGUUUACCUUCUUCCUACAGGGGAAAUAGUAUAUUUCAUAGCUUCAGUAGUAGUUUUGUUUAAUUAUGAGGAAAGAACCCAGAGACAUUACCUGGGUCACACAGACUGUGUAAAAUGCCUUGCUGUACAUCCUGACAAAAUUAGGAUUGCAACUGGACAGAUAGCUGGAGUGGAUAAAGAUGGAAGACCUCUACAGCCGCAUGUCAGAGUUUGGGACUCGGUCAGUUUGGCCACACUGCAGGUUAUUGGGCUUGGAACUUUUGAACGUGGAGUGGGUUGUCUGGAUUUUUCAAAAGCCGAUUCAGGUGUUCAUUUAUGUGUAGUCGAUGAUUCCAAUGACCACAUGCUGACUGUGUGGGACUGGCAGAAAAAAUCAAAAGGCGCAGAAAUCAAGACUACAAAUGAAGUUGUUCUGGCUGUAGAGUUCCAUCCAACAGAUGCAAAUACAAUAAUAACAUGUGGCAAAUCUCAUAUCUUUUUUUGGACCUGGAGUGGGAGUUCACUAACAAGAAAACAAGGAAUUUUUGGAAAAUAUGAAAAACCCAAAUUUGUUCAGUGCUUAGCUUUCUUGGGGAAUGGAGAUGUUCUUACAGGAGACUCAGGUGGAAUCAUUCUUAUAUGGAACAAAACUACUGUAGAGCCCACACCUGGGAAAGGACCUAAAGGUGUAUAUCAAAUACUCAAACAAAUCAAAGCUCAUGAUGGCAGUGUUUUCACACUUUGUCAGAUGAGGAAUGGGAUGCUACUAACUGGAGGAGGGAAAGACAGAAAAGUAAUUUUGUGGGAUCAUGACCUAAAUCCUGAAAGAGAAAUAGAGGUUCCUGAACAGUAUGGAGCAAUCCGGGCAGUUGCAGAAGGAACAGCAGAUCAAUUUUUAGUUGGCACAUCGAGAAAUUUUAUUCUACGGGGAACAUUUAAUGAUGGUUUUCAAAUAGAAGUACAGGGUCACACAGAUGAACUUUGGGGUCUUGCUACACAUCCCUUCAAAGACUUGUUAUUGACCUGUGCUCAGGACAGGCAGGUGUGCAUGUGGAACUCGGUGGAGCACAGACUGGAGUGGACCAGACUUUUGGAUGAACCAGGACACUGUGCAGACUUCCAUCCAAGUGGCACAGUUGUGGCCAUAGGAACGCAUUCAGGCAGGUGGUUUGUCCUGGAUGCAGAAACUAGAGAUCUAGUUUCAAUCCAUACAGAUGGUAAUGAGCAGCUCUCAGUGAUGCGCUACUCAAAAGAUGGCACCUUCCUUGCUGUAGGAUCCCAUGACAACUUUAUUUACCUCUAUGUAGUCUCAGAAAGUGGAAGAAAAUAUAGCAGAUACGGAAAAUGCACUGGACAUUCCAGCUAUAUUACACACCUUGACUGGUCCCCAGACAACAAAUAUAUAAUGUCCAACUCAGGAGACUAUGAGAUACUAUACUGGGACAUUCCAAGUGGCUGCAAACUAAUCCGGAAUCGUUCUGACUGUAAAGACAUUGACUGGACAACUUAUACUUGCGUAUUAGGCUUCCAAGUCUUUGGAGUCUGGCCUGAAGGAUCAGAUGGAACAGAUAUCAAUGCUCUAGUGAGAUCCCAUAACCGAAAAGUGAUAGCAGUUGCUGAUGACUUUUGCAAGGUCCAUCUUUUUCAGUAUCCCUGUUCCAAGCCAAAGGCACCAAGUCACAAGUACAGUGGCCACAGCAGCCAUGUUACUAACGUCAGCUUUACUCAUAAUGACGGCCACUUAAUUUCAACUGGUGGAAAAGACAUGAGUAUCAUUCAGUGGAGAGUUGUGGAGAAAUUAUCUUUGCCUCAGAAUGAGACUCUAGUAGAUAUUGCUAUAACCAAAGCACCCAUUUCUACCAAUGAAAAUGUCCUACAACCAAAUACUCCCACCCCACCUCCCUCCUCCCAGCCCUUCAGUGAUGCUGCUGAAAAUGAAAGAAUGAGUGAUUCUUCAACACCCCUUGAAAAUGACCUGGAACAGGCCGAAGAACAGAGUGAGGGGCAGAGUGAAGGGAGCAGUGAAUACCUGGGGGAGCCUAGUUAUGAAGAGCCUUCCAAUGAGACCAGGGAAGAGCAAAGGGAGUCACCUAUUCCUGAAGACCAGCAGAAUUCACCAGUUUCUUAACACUUCAGCUUCAGAUGAUUGCUUUUUCCCAUCUGAGGUAUGUUUUGCAACAAGGAGAAAGUUGAGCUAACAGGAAGGGGAGUAAUGGAGAAUUACAUCACUCCAAAUGUUGGUUUCCAUGUGGUCUGCUUUCUUCAGUAGUCUUACCUUUUAUCUCCCAAAUGGAGCUGACCUUCAGUUUGGUGUUUGUUGAAAACUGGCCAAAGUUAGCAGUAGGAAAAGACUGAAACAUUCAUUGUUUCAGAGAUUGCUAUGUGUGGAAGUGGCACAAUGUAAAUACUGGGGGGGAGGGGGGGUGGAAUGGCAAUUAUUAUGAUCUGAAAUAAAUGACCUUAUUAUCUGAAAAUGUUUUCUGCAGGAACUUCCAGAAAAAAACAAAAGCACUGUUAAAUGUAUCCAUAAAUAUAUAAUGUGCUGUUGUUUCAAGUGUAGCAAGAAAAAAACAGAAAGUGAGCUCUUCAUUGAGCUGUCCUUUGCUCUAACCCUGUCCCAUUAUGUGGAAGAAAAAGGGGACUAGAAAUUGGGGGCGAUUAAAGUAAUGCCAUGUGCAAGUAGCACUGCCUUCUUGAUUAACAAAUAUGCAAUUUUUCUUACACUACCAAUAGAUUCCAGAUAUAUUUGCAUUCUGUUUUUUUCUAAGGAAAGUUAUAGCAAGGAAUAGACAUGUCAUUCCCUGUGCACCUAUCUGCUUAAAAUAUAAAGUAUUGCCUAAUAAAAUUAACAAAUUAGGCUAAUCUACAUGAUGAUCAAAUUCUGUGGUCAUCAAAAACUAUGGAUUCUUCUAUUGACCUAAACAGUUUUCCAAACUAUCCAGGUUAGCAUUCAUAUGAAGGGGAAGGACUUUGUACCUACCUAUAAAACUAAAAUCUGAUAGUUCCCUAGCUAAACUUAGCUAGGAAAAAAUAUGCAGUAAAUUUUAAAUUAUGGAAUUGGUGCCUGGGAUUCUUUUUUUUUUCUUUCUUACAAUUAUAAUUUCUUAGAGUGAAACUAAGCAUCAGUAAAUUGAAAAUUCUUUUUACUGGCCUUAUUAACAGUCAUGAUUUUGGUGUAGGACAGAUUUUCAGAUUUGCCAUAGAUGGUGAUUUCCUCUGUUCAGAGAUGUGAUAAGCUUGUUGGCCAUUUAUGGGAUAUCACGGCAUUUAUUGUUAUGCAUUUGAAAAUUUUUGUUGUUUUUUUUUUUAAGUUUUGUCAUACACCUACGUUUUCCCUACAUAUGUUUCCUACUUUUAAAAAAUUUAUUGACAAGUAUGCAUUUCCUAUGUAUUUGUUUAUACUUUGAUUAUAUAAAAUCUUUGUUGAUGUUUUUUACUUGCUGCAUUGUUCAGAUAUUUUUCAGUAGGAUCAUGUUUAAAAACUUUGGAUGAGUUAAGAAGUCUUAAAUGUUCAAGCGUUUACGUGAUUGUGCCAUUCCAAAGUGCAUCAAAACUGUCAUUCCCUUCUAGUAUCUUCUCAGGAGUAAUGCUGCAGAUCAGGUAUUUAGUCAUCAUUUGAUAAUAUAAAAACUCCAGUGGCCUCCAAAAGGACAUUUACAACAUACAUGCAUACAUGAAUACAUGAACACAUACACAUGUGCUGUAUGUGACAGUGUGUAUGAGUAUGAACACAGGCACUUAUUCUGUGUAUCUGCAUAGAUCUAUAUAUGUAUGUAGGUAAACACAUUGAAAUACUCUGUAUCAACAGAUAUACAUAUGUUUGUGUGUGUAUAUGUGUAUCUCCUUUUGUUUACAUCUGUUCAAGAAAACCUCAAAGUAGUUCUCUUCAAAAGAAGAGAUACAGAGUCCAAGCAACCCAUAUGUUUUCUAAUAUGUUCUGUACAUAGUUAUCAGAGAGCACCAGUAUUGGACUCAGACAUUUGCCAAUUAGUAAUGAUGAUUAAAAGCUAUCAGGUCAGCAUGUGAUAUAAUUCCCUACAAGGAACAUACUGUAAGAUGAGUGAGUAGUACUAAGAAAAGGAAAAGCAUAUCAUAAAGCUUGUGGGGUGCAGAGCUCUCAUGGUAAACAUGGAGAUGCAUUUGGAAGCAUCUGUCACCUUGUGGGGUUGCCAUGUAUGAUGAAAAUUAUAAUUGUGAUAUUCUUGUGUGGUAGUUCAGAAAACACUACUAAUAUGCAGAAAGCCUUACAACUUUCAAUUGCUGGCAACUACUGUUUAAUGGAUAAUGAAAUCUGUGAUAAUGAUGAAAAUGGGUGGGAUUAUGAAACUGUAGAUGUUUUUUAGAAAACUUGUGAAUGAAAUCUGAAUCAGAGUGUUUCAUGUGAAGAUGUUUGAGCCAUUUCUAUCAUGCAUUCCUGUCUCAUGGCAGAAAUUUUUGAAGAUAAAUAAAAUAAUCAAAAUAA